AAAUCGUUUAGUUACCAUGUGCGCGAAAAAAUAUCGCGAUAUUGUGAAAAUCGAGUGUCUUCUUUUACUGAUUACAUGUAUCAUCUGUUCACUUGGUUCCUGUCAAAAUGCAUUCGGAAGAAAAAACUUCGAGACAAGAGACGAUCUAAAUUUCGAUGAAGAAGCCGACAAUCUAUGGAACGCGUCUCCCGAGGGCGGAAGGACGCUCGAUGAAGAAAAGGCCCUUAUGGACGAAGAAGUUGCAGUAGAUACGGAACCAGUGCCUCAGGGAAACGACCAAGAGAAUGGGGGCUUCUAUCCUGCUUCAGACUUUUCGACAGUUUCAUCUAUCACGAAGUGGAAAGACGACAACGAGCGAGGCCAUAAAAAUAAGAGACUUAAUAAGUCGACGAAGGAUGUUUCCGCGGAUAUUCGCGGCAGGGAAAUGAAAAGCACUUGUGUGCAAAUUAAGAAAGAACCGGACUCCGACUACGAUCUCACGGAAAAUGAAAUUAAAAGACUCCGGGGGCAAGAUGAGCGGCUGAGGAAAUACCGCGGACAGAACCGACGAAAGCGGAAGUACCUAAAUAAAAACUCGAACAGGGAAAGAAGAAUACGAAAAAAUAAAAGGGAGAGAAGCGGAAGACGAAGAAAAGUCAGGCGAAGGAAGAAUGAUAAUACAGUUCGUCUUUUCUUUGCUGGAUUGAAGACUAACGAGACUAACGUUACUUUAGAACCCUUCUCAAAUUUAACUACCAACAGGGACAUGAACGACCAGGAUGCGAGAAACAAGUCUGAACAGACUCUAGAAAAUCCUACUUUGACGACAUCGAUCAGCCCAUCACAGCUAACAACUGAAUCAAAAGCCCCAUUUCCUCCCGAACCGACAAAACGCUACCACUACGCUGGCUUUAAGGAUGGAACAGUAGAAAAAGAAUUCUCGAAAUACCUCGAAAGAGAAAUCUCAAAGUCGAUAUUAGAAAACCUGCCGUACAUCGAGAGCUACUCCGAAGAGAAACCUACCAGGAAAACAGGAUAUCCCGAUCCGCUCGAAAACGAAAUAAAGACGUUGAACGAACAGAGGCAAGUGGAGGCUCGAUAUCGAGUUCCGAAGCCAAGUGGAUACGAAAGUCCUCGAUUUGAUCUGCAAAGUAUGUUAGGAUAUUCUAGAACUGAGGAAGAUUUACCUAUACUGGAAAUGGAGAAGGAAGUUCUUCAGAGGACGAUGGAGGAUUAUAACGCUUAUAUGUCGUCAAACUUAUUGGCUGGGAAAUUGACUGGCGCCCGGAAGCAGCCAAUCAAGAGCGACGGUAAUGAAUCGAAGCGGAAAGAGUCGGAGGAGGAGGAAAAGGACAUUUUGCCGAAGGUGAUGGAUGACGAAGAAAUCAGGGGAGAUCUGUCCUGUGUAAAUGGGACAUUUCUACCCGCACCACUCGUCUCGAAUGCUCUGAUCAAAUAUGUAAAGUCUUCAAUCCCUGGGCAAGAAUACCUUGAAGCUGACUAUGAAUGUGCCCCUGGAUUCUAUAUGGUUCCUAAAAACAACAGAUUGCUCUGCAAAAAUCGGCGUUGGGUCGGUCAAUUGCCAAAAUGCAAAUUCAGACCAAAAAUUGACGAAUUGUGUGCUCAAUCUCACUGUGAGCAAAUUUGUAAGGUAAUUGACGGUCAGGAGGAAUGCUUCUGCAGAGAGGGAUUCAAGCCAGAAGGAACAAAAUGCAAAGACAUUAAUGAAUGCGAAGAAGACAACGGAAACUGUGAGUUUAAAUGCGUAAACACGGUAGGAUCGUAUCGUUGCGAGUGUCCCGAGGGAAUGACGCAAGGAGAAGAUAAAUAUACCUGUGCAGAUAUCAACGAAUGUGUUUCAAACGAGGGACACGGUCCGUGCCAGGAUACGUGCCAUAACCAUGUUGGCGGUUAUGAGUGCUCGUGCGAGGGACUUCCGGGUACGAUUCUAUCCCCCGACAACCACACGUGCCAUGAGGAGGGUCCAUGCAGUAUCAAUAACGCUGGCUGUUCCCAUACGUGCCUCUCGACCAUGGGACGAGUGUUCUGCUUGUGUCCGGACGGUUUUAUGCUCGAAGAUGAUUGGAAAACUUGCCAAGAUGUGAACGAAUGCGCAGUGCCAGAUCUUCAGACGGAAGUUUGUCAUUAUGGAUGCAUCAACACUCCUGGAUCUUACCGAUGUGCUGAGUCCCUGGAAUUGAAAGAUCAACGCAUCUCUGGAAACUUACCAAACAGUUGUCUUCCCGGUUACGAACUUUCAAAUGACGGUUCCUGCCUUGACAUUAACGAGUGUGCCAAAGGCAAUGGUGGGUGCAACGAAGUGUGCGAGAAUACUGCAGGCAGCUUCUUCUGUGCAUGCGACGGUGAUGAGAGAGUUCUGUCUUCGGAUGGAAAAUCAUGCACUGACAUGAACAGUUUCGCGUGUCCUCCUCUAAAUCCUGCUGGCCAUGGAUACUUGAUGUGCUCACGAUCGAUGAUUCCUACGCCGUGGAUGGAUAGAAGAAAAACAACGAAUCAACCAGGCACUAAGUGUUUUUUAAAAUGCCCUCUCGGAUAUCAGCUUCAUGGAGAGUACGAGCUAACGUGUCUCUCUAAUGGAACCUGGGAUGGUCCAAAACAUGGUGAAUGUGUUAGAUAUAGCAAACCUCGUCUGGAUUGUCCGCCAGAUGUGAAAGCUGAACUUUCACCAGGUCGAGAUGAAGCAUUUGUGACAUUCGAUCAACCCUCUACGGAUUUGGAUUGGUUCCGAUACGUUCGAUCUAAACCAACCUGGGGCACCAGACUGGAAGCCAACCUUAAAUUGGGUGUUCACGAAGUCACGUUCUAUGCUCGACAUCCUGUCUCCAAAAAGCAAACAACUUGCAACCUACGAAUCACAGUCACAAAUGGGGAAGCACCCAAAGUAAAAAAUUGUCCGAGCGAUAUAGAGAUUACAGGUCAAAAUGGAUCAGCAAUCACGUGGGUGGAACCGACCUUCACGGAUAACGUCAAGAUCAUGAAGAUCCAAAGCAAUGAGAGCCCGGGACGUUCUUUCACGAUCGGGGGACACAAAAUCGAGUACGAGGCCAGCGACGAAGCCGGAUGGACGACCAAGUGCAUCUUCACCGUUGUGUUACGUCAAGCAUAGGAGAAAAAAUUCUAGGGACGAGAUAAAACUUGGAGAAAGAAUGGAAUAUCGGCAAGGAUAUGUUACCAAGGAUGUAAUCAGAGUGGCGUAAACGUCUGCGCUGUCGCUUCACUCGAAAAUUAUGUCGACGCUCUACCGCUGCCUUUGCCCCGUAUAUAUACAUAUAUAUGGUACCUUCAUGAUGUCCAUAAAUAUUCCGUAAUAUUCGUUGGAUAAGAAAA